GUUUAAACUUUCUUUGGCUUUUGUUUGGUCUUUCUUUAGCCUUUUGUUUAAACUUUGUGUGGCCUUUUUGUAGUCUUUGUGUAGCUUUUGUUUUUAAGUGGAUCUUGGCUGAGAACCCAUCAAAAACACCUUGUGUAAUGAAAAACCCGGAUAUAUAAUCUGCCCCUAUAUAUUCUGCAUGCAUUGAGGUGGCCUCAACCCCACCCCAGGAUCUGGUGCAGACGUGGAACCUGUUUCAAACAGCUGCCGCUUGAAGGGAAAAAAGAAGCAAAUGAUACCAAGAGAAGCUCAUAACAGAGAUCUAUUCACCAGAUGUGCACGGAUGAAAAUACAGUGAGAUGAGUCAGAAAGUGGCUAAGGAGGGCCCCAGACUCUCCAAGAACCAGAAGUUCUCCGAGCACUUCAGCAUACAUUGCUGCCCGCCGUUCACCUUCCUCAACUCCAAACGCGAGAUCGUGGACCGCAAGUACAGCAUCUGUAAAAGUGGCUGCUUCUACCAGAAGAAAGAGGAGGACUGGAUCUGCUGCGCCUGCCAGAAGACCAGACCCAGCCGCCGCGCCACGUCCCCUCAGAGGCCCAAGCGCCAGCCAGCUGCACCCCCCGCGGUGGUCAGAGCGCCAGCCAAGCCACGGUCCCCUCCGAGGCCCGAACGUCAGCCACGCCCCCGCCCAGAAGUCCGACCUCCACCAGCCAAGCAGCGUCCCCCUCAGAAGGCCAAGCAGCAGCCGCGCAGCAGCCCCCAGAGAGGGCCAGGCACCAGCCGUGGGGGGUCCCCCGUCAAAGCUUCUAGGUUCUGGUAA